AUGGGAUUGGGAGCUCCAAGGACCAAGCAGCGGUUUGGGUUGGACCCCAGAAAUACAAACUGGUCGAAUGAUUUUUCGCGGUUUGGACACAGGCAUCUGGAGAAAUACGGCUGGAAACCCGGCCAGGGUCUUGGGCUGACCAACAAUGCGACUACCUCGCAUAUCAAGGUGGUAAUCAAGCAUGAUAAUACCGGGCUGGGAGCGUCGCUUGCGCGCAAGUCAGCGAAAAAGGACGAGUUUGACAGUGGCGAGUGUACAGGGCUGGACGUUUUUCAGCGGCUUCUGGGGCGACUGAACGGCAAGGGGGCCGAGGUAAAUGAGCAGAUGGACGAGUUGCAGCGUAACCGGAUUAUCAACGGACGAUGGGGGAUCAACUUUGUGCGGGGAGACGUACUGAAGAGCACGUGGGACGCGAAGGAGGGGAAAAUGCGGGAAGGACGGAAAGACAAGAAGGACAAGAAGGACAAGAAGGACAAGAAGGAUAAGAAGAAGAAAGAUAAAAAGCACAAAGACAAGAAGCACAGAGACAAGGAGAAAUCGCGCAAACGGAAGAGAGAGGAUGCCGAGGUUACGCGCGAGUCGAUGCUGGCGCCACGCGACCGCAGCGAGACGCCGCCGGUGCCAAGCGGCCGCAUGGCUCUCCGACAGAAGUGGAUCCAGCAGAAGCGGCUUGCAGUGGUGGACAGCAAGGCGUUGCAAGAGAUCUUCAUGGUGAAAUAGAAUCGCAUAGCAUCAGAGCGCAAUUUAAAACAUAAUGUAUAUUGAAAGCACUAGAUAAGGAUGUAGGAGAGUCCGCCCAAGAAGAAGGUGGAGAACAAGGAGAGCAGGCCCAGUUGUGGAGCCGACAAUGGGACAGCGUUGACGCCUGCGCCGGCAGAGGACGACGAGGAGCUGGAGCUGCUAGAGCCGGAGCCGGAGCUGGAGCCGGAACUAGAGCCGGAGCCAGAUGCAGGGGAGGAGUUUGAGGAGCCAGUGGCCGAUGGUGAGGCCGAGGCAGAGCUCAAUAAGGAAGAGCAGCUGGAUGCGGUCGAACCGUUGGAGUUGAGCGAGGCGGAGCCGCUGAAGUCACAGGCCGACGAGUUGGAGUCCUGUUCCUCGUAAUAUUUGUUGAGCAGGAACGAAAGCUUGUCCUUGGCUGAGCAGUACGAGUAUGCGCCGUAGGUGCCGUUACUGCCGCUGCUGGAGAUUUCAGAACAGUCGGUGAGGUCGCAGAUAAUACCAAAGAAGUCGCCGUAGUCGUCGGAGUCGACGUCGUCGGAAACAACACAUCUGAGCGACGACUCGAGACAGUCGCACACGGCCUCGUUUGGAGUUGGAGGAAGGUCUGUGGAUGCCUCCCAGUUGCUCUGACUGGUUGGACAGCUCAAUUCUGUGGCCGACUGCGAUGCAGCAGAGGCAGACGCCGUGGUAGGGCUAAUUUUCGCAAGCUCGCUCUUGAGGUUAGUGUAGUCGCCCAAAGUCGAGACAGCAUUGUCUUUGAUGGAAACGAGGCCGUAGUCGUUCUCUUCCUGGAAGUACAUGUACACGAUACCGCCGGACCAAACGUCUGUCAUUUCAUCGGAGUAGAUAGCCUGCACCUCUGUGAACUCACGUGGCUUGACGCUGUUGCAACCGUACUCUGAGAAAAAGAUCGGGAUCGUCAAAUUUGAAAACUCCUUCGUUCUGGCCUCGUAGCCGGAGCUCGAGAACGUGGCAUUUCCACACCACUCGUACAUGUUGAUACCGUAAAAGUCUGCCUUGACGUCGUCGUCUCCGCAGGAGAAGUAGUCCGCAGAAGGAACUCUGGUUUUGGAAUCGUCGUUGGCCGAGUAGCCAAUCGGAAUGUCUCUGUAGUUGUUGUCCUUCAUGUACUGCUUCAUGUCUCUAAUGGCGGCCUUGACGAACGGAGCAGCGUCGGUGUUGGUCCUGUUGGUGAUAACCUCAUUACCUGCAAAAAAGCCGAGCACGUUGUCGUAGCUUUGGAACAUAUCGAUCACCGUGGCAUACCUGUUGUACAGAUCAACAGUCCAGGAUGGACUGGUGGUCUCGAUCGACUCGUUUGGGGUCGAGAGAUCGGAGAUGACAUAGAUUCCAGCAUCCUCGAGCAGAGACAUGCAUCCGUCAUGGUCCUUGGAGGCAUCGACUGCAUACACCCGGAUAACGUUGAUUCCCAGAUUCUGUAGGUACGGGAUGUCUCGCUUGCACGACUCUUCGUCAGCGAGCGGGUCGACGUAGGUUGCGUCGUCGGUAGCAUUUUCUGUGUUCUUCUGGUACGCGACACCUUUCACAUAGAAUUGGGACCCGUUGUUCGAAUAGAAGAACUUGUUGGACACCACGUCAAUGGUAGGCAGAGCCAGCGUGGUGGAGAGCAGGCCCGUGAGCGAGAGGAUAGAUUUUAGCUGCAUUUUUCAGGCCGGAAAAAACGAGUGAAUUUGUAGCAGAGAAUAUAAACCGUCGAGCUACUACCAUAUAUAAAUGGCAAACGAGGCACGGCAGGCUUGUUUCCCGAGUAAACAAACAAUGAUAGUACCACCGUGUAUCAGAACAUUCUGUCGUUUCUUUUAAAGUCUAGA